AUGUAUGUUAAAAUUGAAACGGAAAGAUUAACAUUCAUCAGGUUGAAUCAAACCAAACUCCGAUCUGAAGAGUAUAUUCACCUUCGAGAUGCGAUUAAUACUGAUGGAAAUGCACAGAAUGUCGGUCGGAUGACUAUUCUUCCAGCAACAUACAUCGGAAGCCCUCGGCAUAUGCACGAAUAUGCUCAAGAUGCCAUGCCGUAUGUUCGUCAUUAUGGUACAGCAGAUUUGUUCAUCACAUUUACAUGCAAUCCGCAAUGGAUAGAAAUCAAUCAGGAGUUAAUCUCUGGGCAAUCACCCAUUGAUCGUCAUGAUAUUACAGCCAGAGUCUUUAGACAAAAGUUGAAAUCUUUAAUGGAUUUCAUCGUAAAACAUAAUGUGUUUGGUGAGACACGCUGCUGGAUGUAUUCUGUGGAGUGGCAGAAACGAGGAUUGCCACAUGCACACAUUUUGAUUUGGUUGGUUGAAAAUAUAAGGCCAAAUGAAGUUGAUGCAGUGAUAUCAGCUGAAAUCCCUAAUGUACAAGUAGAUCCUGGAUUGCAUGAGGUAGUUAUCAAAAACAUGAUACAUGGUCCCUGUGGAACUCUUAAUCAAAAUUCACCGUGUAUGAUGGAUGGUAAAUGUUCAAAACGAUAUCCACGGACAUUAAUAUCGGAAACAAUUACUGGUAAUGACGGUUAUCCAUUGUAUCGUCGCAGAUUGACAGCAGACAAUGGAAAAUCAACAAUUGUCAAAUUAAAUCAACAAGAUAUUGAAAUAGAUAAUCGUUGGAUUGUUCCAUAUUCACCCAUUUUAUCAAAGACAUUCAAAGCACACAUCAACGUUGAAUCUUGCCAUUCAGUGAAAUCUAUUAAAUACAUUUGCAAAUAUGUAGCCAAAGGGAGUGAUAUGGCUGUGAUUGGAAUUGGUGCAGAGAAUUCCAAUGAUGAAGUUACCCAAUACCAAAUGGGCCGCUAUGUCAGUAGUAAUGAAGCAGUUUGGCGAAUAUUUUCUUUUCCUAUUCAUGAGAGACACCCUUCUGUUGUUCACUUAGCUGUGCAUUUAGAAAAUGGACAAAGAGUGUAUUUUACAGCACAGAACGCAGUACAAAGAGCUGCUCAGCCACCAUCUACUACAUUAACCAGUUUUUUUGAGACAUGCCAAAACGAUGAUUUCGCACAAACAUUGCUAUAUUCUGAAAUGCCAAAAUAUUAUACCUGGAAUCAAUCCUCAAGGAGAUUUAUACGACGGAAACAAGGAAAACCAGUUCCAGGAUAUACAGAUGUAUAUUCCACCGAUGCGAUUGGCCGGAUUUAUUCAGUACAUCCAAGCAAUGAUGAAUGUUUUUACUUACGACUGCUAUUAGUCAAUGUACGUGGCCCAACAUCAUUCCAACAGUUACGAACUGUUGAUGGUGAAUUGUGUGUAUCCUACAGAGAAGCCUGUCAACGUUUGCAAUUGCUUGAAAAUGACGCUCAUUGGGAUCAAACUCUCAAUGAUGCUGUAAUAUCAUCACACGCUCAUCAAAUACGAACAUUGUUUUCUAUAAUCAUAUCUACAUGCUUCCCAUCAAACCCAAUUGAUUUGUGGAUCAAGUACAAAGAUUAUAUGUGUGAUGAUAUUUUGUAUCAAAUACAGAAUAGAAUGGGAAAUCCAAAUAUACAAAUCAGUGAAGAAAUUUACAAUGAAGCAUUGAUUUCAAUUGAGGACAUGUGA